AUGGCAGACAUCCCGGAGACACAGACCGUUCUCAUCCUCCAUGCGGCGAAGCAGCCGUACGAGACGGCAGAGGGGUACCAGGUUCCCGAGAUCCAAAAUGAGCAAGAGGUGAUGGUGAAGACGGAACACAUCGGUCUCAACCCGAUCGACUGGAAAGCACCAGCUCCUCACCCCAGUGACUUCAACUUUGCAAUCCCAACUCUCCCCUACAUCUCAGGCCGCGAACUCGUAGGCCGCGUCGUCCGCCGCCCGCAGACAUCAUCAUCAACAGCCUCCCAAACGCAAAGCCAAAGCCGCCUCCGCGAAGGCGACCAAGUCCUCGUCAUCUCCACAGACUACCGCGACCUCCGCAAGGCAGCCUACCAGGAGUACGUCGUCACCUCAGACUUCAACGCAGCCCGCAUCCCGCCCAACGUCUCCCCGCGCGCCGGCGCGACCCUCGGCGUUGCCUUUGUCGCCGCGGCGCUUUCCCUGGCCGUCUGCAUGGGCGUGGAUUUCUCCAACGUCCUCGACGGGCCCGAUCUGUUGUCGAUCCUGCGCUCCGUUCCGCCGGAGAGUCUGCCGCAGGAUAUCAGGGCAGAGUGUCUCUCGGGCAUUGGGAACCAUGAGAGGGCCACGGCGGGCGACUGGGUCGUCAUCUGGGGCGGGUCGUCAACUUCUGCGAACCUGGCUGUGCAGCUCGCGCGGCUUGCGGGGUUGAAGGUCGUUACCGUGGUAGAUAAGUUGCGUCACGGCCUCCGUCUGUCGAAUCACACGGUUCUCAGGCCCGAUUUGCUCGUCGACAGCCACGACCCUGCCCGCGCCAUCGAUAUCAUCCGCGCCAACGUCGGAAAGGACCUGCGCUUCGCACUGGAUACCAGCGGUCGGGAGUCUGCCGGCUGGCUUCUCCGCGCGCUGACGCCGUCGCAGGAUACAAAUGCGCCGCCUAGUCCGCCGGAUACGCCUCGCAACUCGGUGCCUACCGUGAAGCAUCUCAUCGGUCUUACUGGGUUGCCCAAGAAGCAGGCACCAGAGGCGGUCGCGUACCACACCGUACCCAUCAAGGUCUUCCACGAGGUACCUGCUGUGGGAGAAGCUCUCGUCACCUGGCUGGAGCGAUUGCUCGAGAGCGGCCUGGUCAGCCCUCCCGAAGUCCUCGGCGUAGAAGAAGGGUUCGAGGGCAUAAACCGAGGCCUCGACCGUAUGAGAAAGGGCGAGAUCCGCGGCGGGAGAAUAGUCGUCAGUCUCGCGCCAGAGGAUGCCGCGGCCGCGCAGGAAGACGUCACGAGGGAGGCGAGCGUGCCCCCCACGCUGGUCGAUUCGCCCAUGGCGGACGGCGUCGUUGAAGAAGAGCCUCAGCCUUCAGAGACGUCGCAGGCGUCAAGCCCCGAGUUCACUGCUCAGAAGCUUGCCGACACUGGCCUGCGGAGGGGAAGCGCGACAUUGUGGCAGGCUGGGCUGGCGGGUGAUGUGGUUCCCAGACAGCUUCCCGACGAGCAGAUUGCAUCAGAUAAGAGUCUCCCGGCCGCUUGUUGCGUUACCGGACCUCGGCCGGAUCUGCGAAAUCUGCGUGUCUUUUCUCUGCAUCUUUCACUGCAAAUGUCUUCUUCUCAGGUCGAGCGCCAGCGCUUACCACUGGAACUCAUACUAAACAUCAUCGAGAGUCUUCUCCCACCGAACGAAUCGUCAAUCUUGCCUGCGUCCCAUAGUGCAACGAAGACCCUGAUAUCCUUCAGUCGCGUCUCACGCUCAACAUAUGACUUCAGCAUACGUCUUAUUCGCAAGCGAUGCAUGCACAUCGACUCGACAAGCCGCCUGAGCCUGCUUCUGCUGAGUCUCUUCUCGCCGUCGCCUAGAAGUCUGCCACGGACCCUAUCGCUCAAAUGCAUUACUUCUCUCUACCUCAGCCCCUUUGGAAAGUCACUCGAUGACAAACCGACGGCGAUGUGGGUGCGCGAGCUCUUUUGCGAGGUUUGUGACACCCUUAAGCGCCUUAUCGUCGACAUGCCGUUUGGAACACUUUCCGGGUACGACGACCACCUCGACGUCAGGCCGACUUUGACAGAUGGGUUCCAGCGGUUGUCAAAGCUGGAGGAGCUGAUAUGUCUGCGUGACUAUCCAGCUCUGACUUUCAUGCAACAAACCUUCACCGUUAACUGCUGGAGCCUGUGGCCCAACCUGAGGCGCGUUGUGUUAUUCAACGCACCCAUGUCGAGCCACUGGCUUUGGUAUGACAUUGCCAACACCGCCCAGCUCGAGCAGGUCGUCCUCGCGCGACCGCUCGUUCCGCCGCGGAUCAACGUCAAGGACGACUACUAUCAUAUGCUGAACAGCUAUGACCACUUGACGCCCCGGAAGAUCAAGAUUGUGCUUGCCGACGUGGAAAGCGACCUGCCGGAAAUAGAGACGACAAGAUGGGACGAGUAUGAUCCCGAGGGACUGCUGUCCAUUGAGAAAUACGACAUCCCAACGUCCUUUUACGGGGACGAAAAUGCGACUGAUUUGUGCUGCGACUGGGUCAAGAUGGCAGCUCUGAAUGGGUCGAUUUGGGACUGGAAAAGUCACCCAGUCGAUAGUCCGCCAGUAGAUCUGGUUCAGUAG